CUGAACCAUCUUAAUUUGUGUUUGGUCGUCUGUGAAUAUAUGCAUUAUGGACUAUGGAAGCUUUCUUAAAUAUUUAAUGAAUGUGAAGGUGAAGUAAGCAGUGAAAAUGAAAUUUAAUGAAUAUUUAAGUGUUUUGGUCUACAAACUUGUACUUGUCAUAAACUUGAUUAAUGGAAAAACGUUGACUGAUAAGGAUAAGAGUGCUCAAGCAGUUGAUGUGGUUGCAGUUGAAGGCAAAAGUAUAACACUCCAAUGUCCAAUAACUGGAUCUGAUGUUGCUAUGGUGCUUUGGUUUAAAAAUGGUGGUGGCAUACCACUCUAUAGUGUUGAUGUGAGAGAAAAAGGAAAACAGCGGGCAGCUAAACAUUGGUCGGCACCAGAAGUUUUUGGGUCACGUGCCAGCUUCUCCAUUGACAAUAAACCUGAAUCUUUAGUAAUAAAGGAUAUUAAACGGCAUGAUCAAGGAAUCUAUCGAUGUCGAAUAGACUUUCGUGCAAGUCAAACACAAAGUUAUACAUAUAAUUUAUCAGUUAUAAUUCUACCAGAGCAGCCUGUUGUAUUAGAUAGAUGGGGAAGGCAACUGAACAGCACAAAAAUCGGUCCAAAGCAAGAAGGAGAAGACAUUAUUCUUAGUUGUCGUGUUGUCGGAGGACGUCCACAGCCACAGGUUCGUUGGCUUAUUAAUGGCUUACAGGUCGAUGAUCAGUACGAACAGAAUUCAGGCGAUGUUAUCGAAAAUCGUUUACUUUGGCCGUCCGUUCAACGUUCAGACCUAAACUCAAUAUUCACCUGCCAAGCUUUGAAUACAAAGCUUGUUGAGCCUAAAGAAACAAGCUUCGUUUUAGACAUGAACUUAAAACCUCUCACCGUUGACAUUAAAAAUCCACCAACCCUUCUCGUUGCUGAUAGAAGGUAUGAGGUAGCGUGCGAAAGUUCUGGUUCAAGGCCGAAUGCUGUUAUUACUUGGUAUAAGGGAAAACGGCAAUUACGAAGGACAAAGGAUGAGAUUCUCAACAAUACCACAAGAUCAGAAUUAAGCUUUUCACCUACCGUUGAAGAUGAUGGAAAAUUUAUGGUGUGUCGUGCUGAGAAUCCCGUCGUGAGCGGUCUGUUCCUUGAAUCAACAUGGAAAAUAAGUGUAGUCUACCCGCCCUUGGUGAAUAUACGACUUGGACCGACCUUAUUGAGUAGCGAUAUCAAGGAAGGUGAUGAUCUUUAUUUCGAUUGUCAAAUUCAGGCGAAUCCCAAAAUCAAGAAACUUUCAUGGCUUCACAAUGGCAUUCAUUUAGCACACAAUGCAUCUGCUAGAAUAAUUAGAUCUAAUCAAACCUUAGUGUUACAACAGGUCACGCGUAAUUCGAGUGGAAAUUACGCCUGUAGUGCUUUGAAUAGCGAAGGUGAAACCAUCAGUAAUCAACUUCCAUUGAGGGUCAAAUAUGCGCCUAUCUGUGCAACUGAUAAGGUUGUGCUUAUCGGAGCUUCAAAAGAUGAAAACGUUGAAAUCAUUUGCAACAUCAAUGCUGAUCCUCCGGCAAAAAAAUUCCGAUGGAAGUUCAACAAUUCUGGCGAAGUGCUUUAUCUUGACUCUGAACGUUACAGCAAAAAUGGAACAAGAAGUGUUCUUCAUUACACUCCCGUUACAGAGCAGGACUUUGGUACGCUCUCCUGCUGGGCUAUAAAUGAAAUCGGUGAACAAUCUGUUAGUUGCUUAUUUCAAGUGGUUCUGGCAGCCAACCCAUCACCCGUCACCAACUGCAGCGUUAGCAAUCACUCGAAAGAAAUGGCUGAAGUGCAAUGUACAUCGGGUUAUGAUGGAAAUCUCCCGCAGAUCUUCCAACUUGAAAUGAUAUCAAGAAAAACUAAAGCAAUUAAAUUCAACCUCACCAACGUUGAUGAGCCGUAUUUCAUGCUAGACAUGCUAGAAUUAAUUAACGCUCGACUAAUUGAUGAAAAUGACUCUGUGUUAAUUGUUGUUUAUGCUCUUAAUCAGAAGGGAACAAGCAUGGGUGUCAUCAUACGUGAUUUAGUACUUGGUGCUACUUCGAAACUAGAUAGAGAAAUCUUUAACAUUACAAGUGCUCCAGACUCAACGCCAUAUUUCAUUGGAAUAGUUAUAACCAUUCUUAUCGUGUUCAUAUUCAUUGCUUUUAAAAUGAUGUCCAUUUGUUGGGCGGAGAAGACUUCAAAAAGUCCAGCCAUGACAACGACAACGACAACGUUACACAACGACCAGAAUGGAACGACAAAAUUAACGAAUCACUCGAAUAAUUUGCUAAUAAUUAGCAGCUAUAAUGGGGGCGGUCUUGCGAAGAAAAAUGGAGUGAAUGGUGGACAAGAUAUAACAACAUCGUGGGUGUCACCAACAACUAGUUUUAAGAGCAACAAGCUGGCACAAGAUGAUGACAGAGAUCCGGAUGUAAUUCCCUCAUAUCAUCAGUAUGGCUCGUCGAUAUCAACCGCACCGGAAGCUAUCAGCUAUAAAUCAUAUCAACAUAAUGAUGCUUUCCACAUGAGCACCACAAUACUAUCGAAGCAAGCGGCCAAAUCAAUAAACGAAGAGAUAAAAGAACGUCUUAUGUCCGGUAAAGUACCCGAAAGUUGUGUUUAAUCGUAUUGAAUGAACUUUUGAAGAAAAGGAAUAAAGAAAUAAAAAGGAAAAAAAGUUGAAGGCAGCACGUGCGUAGCGUAAAUUAAAUUUUCAACAGAACUGAUUACAUUUAAGCCAACGGUCGAUGGAAGUUUUUUUCUUUUCUUAAGUUUCAUUUUAAGUGAAUGAAUGGACAAUCUGUGACGGGUGUCAAUGAUGAAAAGAUUUCCUUUCCGUGUUUUAGGUCAACUGACUCCUUCACUGG